GAAAUAACCAUUUCAAGUGCAUAGAUGAUUUAUGUCCAGUUAACUAAUCAAACCAAAUCAUGGAUUUAACAGCUUUUCCACUUUUUCUAUCAGUUUUAAUCAGUUUUCAACCAUCAGUUGAAUCUGUUAAAUGUUUUACCUGUUAUUUUACGAUAAACCGAUGCACUGAUCUCAAUUGUUACAACAGUCCAGACAAUUGCAGUCCCAAAUUUUUCACUGCCGCUGUGGUUCCGUUCAAAGAGUGUCCAGCAGGUUGUGAGAUGUUUUCCAUAUCUGAUUCCAAUGGAAUUGUUCUUGAAUGGCGUCGUGGGUGCGAUACGUCCGGCAAUACAGCAGGAACGGCGAUCGAUUUUACCAGUAAAUGCAAGACAGAAUACGUUUUUGGAACUCGGAUGGAUAAAUGUUUUUGUAAUCAAGAUUUUUGCAAUUCCUCGGCGAAAAUCAAACCCGGUUUAAUAUUGUUAUUAACUGUCUUAUCUGUCUUAAUUUUUAUAUAUUUCUAGAAGUACAUUCAAUCGUAAUUUUAUCCUUAUAUUGGAUUCUUGUUAAUUGACAACAAUUUUUAUAAAAAUCACACAUUUAAUAUAUUUUUAGUUGCAAUUAUUACAUGUUGAAAUAAACGCUUAAUAA